AUGUAUGCUGAUCGAGAGGAAGCUGAUACCAAGAGGUCGAUAAAGGACCGUCUUAAUGGCAGCUUCAGGGAUAACUCUGGUCGCCGUAGACAAAUAGCAGGAAAAAGGCAAAGACAAGAUGACAAGUGGGAGCAUGAUCUAUAUGAGGACAAUGAUCCUCAAGUUUCAAAUCGCAAAGUUGAUGCUCGAGACCUUCGUUUGAAGCUCCAAAGGAAAAGUUUCAAACAAUCAUCUCAAAGUGGAACAAGAUCUCUUUCAGGUGUAAGGGACCUACGGGAAAAGCUAUCUGGUACCAUGGUUCCACAACCAGUGAACGCCAAUCCACCAAAGACAAAAGUGGAAGCUGCCAAACCAGUCAGGAGAAGUACUGCAGUUGGAGCCUCAGCACAAGAGAUUAAAAAAGUUACCAACCCAGCUUCUAGAAAGAAGACUUCACAAAAGGCUGGCGCAUCAGUGGAUGAAUUUUUGACGUCCUUGGAUCUUGAAAAAUAUUCCAUCACAUUUCAGGCCGAGGAAGUGGAUAUGACAGCUCUUGUGCACAUGACUGAUGAGGACCUCAAGGCUCUAGGAAUACCAAUGGGCCCAAGGAAGAAGAUACUUUUGGCAUUGGAAUCAAGAGUCUGA